AUGUCUCAUACUCCAGACAAUCCUGACCCGCCAGAGCUCAAUGACGACCUGUUGAAGUUGUUGAAGCCAGAGGAUCUUCCUUCCUUUUCGGUUGAUUGGGAAGACAGUAAACGUGAUCGUCCAGUUGACAUUUUGUUGCUGACGGCGAAAGAAUGCGAAUUUCUGAGCUGCGUUUCGCAUUUGAAUCCAGGAUUCUACAAGAGUUGGCUAGACGGUCUAGGACUCGUGUACUUCGGCAGAACUGACCGUGAAGACGAAUCGUUGAAAAUUGCUGUAGUAGAAUGCUCUGUGGGUUCCGUCGAGCCCCAAGCUUCUUUAGUUGUUGCAAAAAGUGCCGUUGAAGCCUUACAACCCAAAGCUGUACUUAAUGUGGGAUAUUGCGGUGGUUUAAACAACAAAGUCAGAUUGGGAAAUGUGAUAAUUUCAUCCAAGUUGAGAACAUAUUCAACUUUCAAAAAAUCCAAGGGAGUAACUGAAAAUCGUAACAUUGCUGUUCCGUUAUCCGCAAAUUUUGCACGCCUCGUAAAAACGGCUAAUUACGGCUGGAAACCACCGUUGAGCGACCCCGAGCAACUGAAAGUAGAAGUGUUCAAGGAUGGCGUGAUGUUGAGCGGCCCAAUGGUGGUGAACGAUGAACAACUACGUACGGAGUUAGUCAAGCAAGGUUCGGACGCUAUCGCUGUGGAAAUGGAGGGUCAAGGUGGGUGUUUGUGAUCUUCUGAUAUUGUAGUUCCUACGGACAGCUAUCUAUAACAGCUAUAGCGUUGUUCGCAUAAACAGCUGAAGCAGAAUUCCGAGAAGGUGUCAACAGCUAAUUCAAAGAAAACCUGGCAUUGAACAUUGUAGCCUGCGAAAACAUCCGUUUCUCCAAUGUCCCCAGCGGCGAAGAGCGAGGAGAAACGGAUGUUUUCGCAGGCUAUGAACAUUGGUACUUGGAGCAGAAUACAGUACCCGGAACAGAAAUUGAUGAGCCCCCGUAUAUUACAUAUCGAAAAUAACGAAUUUCCAUUGUGUCAGCGUUCAAGGAUUAUUUUUUAGAAGUGAAGAAAUGUAGGUAUUGACGCUUGAAACUUAAUGUUGAAGUUUAUUGUGGUAUUUCGUAAGUGAUCUCAGGUGUUUCCCGAGUUAAAAAUGAGCAUGCAACAUCAUUUCCAGGUAUAGAAGGUCCGGUGGCCGGUAUCAUAUCCUUUUUGCUUUUUACCAUAACAUCGACCAUCAUAUUUUCCGCAGUACUGAGUUUGUUUCGAUUUGGUGACCAUGUCUUGUUGUUCCAGGCUCCACGGCAAUGAUGCUGGGGCUCCAGGCCUCCUAUUCUCAGACUUCUUGUGACUUUUUUACGUUUUUAUAUUUAUUUUUUUUUAUCCGACCGACCGACCCAAAAUCAGGACGACGCUGAACGAAAAAAAAAGAGGAUGACCUUACAAUCAUGACAACAUGUAAAAUUAAUCUUAUCCUUUGAGGUAAACUCUAAUUGUAAGUAAUUUUGGGCAAACCAGGUAAAAAAGAUCUUCUAUCAGAGUGAAAAAUGAACAUUAGAAGUUAUCAUAAUUUAUUGUGGAUUUUUUUUCGAUAAAUCCAAAAUUUUAAUCAAUUUUCCUAAAGUAGCAUUUUCAAGGAUCUCUGUUAUAUAUGUAUGCUUUCUUUAGUUUAAUUCCUAGACGCAGGCGGCACCGUAGAAGGUUAAAGGAAAAAGGCGCCUGCCUCGUACCCAGGCACCUUUACACGUAGGGGAACAUGGGAAGGUGUAACAACAAGGUGUAACACCAAGAGAAGGGUUACCCCAAAAGAAUACUUCGUUUGCUCUUCUCAAGGAGCCUUGCACGCCUCAAUAAUCUCGUUUCCAAGCUUGCCCUCGAUCCGCCGAAAUCUAUCUAAAUGUCCCUAGAUACGAGACACAGCAGACGCUACAAUGUCUACUACUUCCACUGCCCUUCUCUUUUAUUUGUUGAUUUACUUAAAAAUUUCCUUUUAGGUUUGUACUCAGCGGCGCAUGACCUAGGGAUAGAAUGGGUCAUUAUAAAAGGCGUUUCCGACUUCGCAGACGGCACGAAAUCUAGCACAAAUUCCUGGAGACCAUUUUCGAGUGCUAUGGCAGCCUCUUUAACUUUUCACAUGCUCCGUAAUACCCGUGUUUUCAAGAAAUGGAAACAUUAUGAACGU